CUGUACAUUCGGACGCCUUUGGUCUACUCGGCUCCACUCUCCCAAAAGAGCGGUCACAAUAUUUUUCUUAAGCUUGAGGCGCUCCAGCCAAGUGGAUCAUUCAAGUUUCGAGGUAUUUCACGGGUCAUCCAAACUCAAGCAUCGCGGUCAAGCUCAACCACACCGAUACAUGUGAUCAGCUCGUCCGGCGGAAAUGCUGGUCUCGCGGCCGCGACAGCUGCCCGCGCGCUUGGCCUGUCAUGCACCGUCUUUGUUCCUGUCUCAACGGAAGACUAUAUCGUCGAGCUGCUCAAAGCCGAGGGAGCAGAGGUGGUCCAAGGCGGCGCCGCUUGGGACAUAUGUGACGACGGCGCUCGACGGAAGGCCGCAGAGGUUGAAACCGUAACGCCAGGCGGAAGCGUUUACGUCCAUCCGUUCGAGGGCGAGGACCUGAUAAGAGGCCAUUCGACGAUGGUUCCAGAAAUCUACGAACAGCUCAAGGGGAUGGAAGAAGCGAGCGGCGAUGCGAAAGCCCCAGACCUUUUAGUGUGCUCUGUUGGCGGAGGCGGUCUCCUGGCUGGUGUUCUUACAGGCAUUGUAGAGCAGGAUACUGCCUCACGGCCCCAUGUCGUUGCAGUCGAGUGCUUUGGGGCGGAUUCAUUCGCUGCAGCACACAACUCCGGAAAGCACAUCGCAUUGCUGGCGAUCACUUCCAAAGCGACCUCCAUGGGCGCGCUCAAGGCUUCCGCUAAGUCUUUGGCUUUGGCCCGUUCCUAUACAACGGCAGAGGCAGGCGGGGCUUUCUCUACGCUCACGGUACCCGACAGCGCAGCGGCCUUCGCGGGUUGGCAAUUUGCGAGGGACCAUCGAUUUAUAGUUGAAUUGGCUUGCGCGGCGAGCUUGACGCCCGCAUAUUUUUCGGAACAGGUUUUACCAGCACUGUUGGCCAAACAGCCCAACACGCAGCGGAAGAGCAACAUAGUCAUUGUCGUUUGCGGUGGCUCGAAGGUGAAUGCGGCGGACAUCGAGCAAUGGAGGCGAGAA